ACAGAAGAAGAUCUCGUCCGAUCGGCCAAAAACUCUCUCCGUUUUCGCGAUCCAUCGUGAAGAAUUCGCGAACGAUGUUCGCGAAAUCGAGGAUCACGAUCAAGAACCAGUUCGAGAAAACGUCGACAUUCCGUAGAAGAAGUGAACGGGGUUUCUUAUCACCGGAACAAUAAUGUCACUCCCUUUACGGACAAACGUAUUGGAACCAGUAUGUGCUGGUACUUUUCCAGAUGACUCGUUGCGAAAAAUUUUCACUCUCGUCGCGGGAGUAUAAUGAAACGCGAAAGUGAUCCAUCCCCUCUUGAAGAAGGCAUCGCGUGUACAGCCUCUAGAUCAGUAACACACCUCUGGCAGCCACAUAUAUAAGAUGGUAAAAGUAUACGACUGAUCUAUUUACUGUUAACUCGAGCAACGUGCUCGAAGAGAGAAGAAAUUGUUCCCAGAGAGAAGAUCGUUCUAUCAUUUCGCUCAAGAUGAGACACGGGGGACACGCGAGGCUUUUAUUGCCACUCUUUAUGGCAACUGCAAUGAGUUUACCGAUUCGCAACAGCUAUGAUAGACGCGUAUACAAGUACGAUCACUUCCCUGCAACACGAUAUGCUCGUCAAAUUAUGCCUUUCUAUGUAAGGCAAAAUAGAGCCAAUUAUAUCGCAGAAGGAAAUAUACACAACACGAAUGUAGUCAGAAUCAUACAAGAGGAGCCUAAAGAUAGUCAAUUUUCAGGAUCUCACGUUCAACAUUUUAAACGCGAGCUUGAAGAUGGAUAUGAAAAAAACCUCGGAGCUGAAUUGGAUAGCGGAGGACAAAACGUACACGAUUAUCACGUAUUAGAGAGAGAUAAUGAACAUAAAACUGUCAUGAUCAUAAAGAAGAUCGCGGUACCGUACCCUGUAGAAAAGACUAUCCAAUAUCCUGUAAUAAAAAAAAUACUAUAUCCGAUCAAAGUUCCGGUUCCGCAGCCGUACGCAAUCGAAAAGAAAAUACCGUAUCCUGUGAAGGUCUUCGUCAAAGUUCCAAUGAAAAUUCCACGGCCGGUACCAGUCGUCAAGGAGGUUCCGUAUCCGGUCCAAGUGCCGGUGGAUCGUCCUGUUCCGGUCAAGGUGUACGUCCCGAAACCGUAUCCCAUUGAGAGAAAGAUACAUUAUGAAGUGAAGAUUCCAGUACUGCAUCCGUUUCCCGUAGAGCGAAGAGUACCAGUACCGGUGAAGGUACCGGUACACGUAUCUCAGCCAUAUCCGGUCGAGAAAAUCAUUCAUUAUCCUGUGAAGAUCUUGGUGGACAAACCGAUACCAGUUCCGGUAUCGAAGCCAUAUCCGGUACCAAUCGUAAAGCCGGUUCCGUAUCACGUUGAGAAGCCGGUUCCGAUUCCGGUCAAAGUAAAAGUGGAACGACCAGUGCCGGUUCCGGUGGACCAUCCGGUGCCGGUCAAGGUAAAUGUUCCGGUACCGGCGCCGUAUUUGGUCGAAAAAAAGGUACCGUACGCCGUAGAGAAAUUCGUACCUAUACCGGUAAAGAUACCGGUAGAGAGGCCCGUGCCGAUUCACGUGAGCAAGCCAGUCGAGUACCACAUCGAAAAACCCGUUCCCUAUCCAGUUAAGAUACCGGUCGCGGUGCCAAUAGACGAGGGCACCAGUCACCGAUAAAUGCGAAGUAUCAAAGAUAAUUAGAUAAUGAUAAUGCAUAAAUGACAAUGUAGCUGUCAGAGGCUUCGUAUUUCGAUCAUAACAUCUUUCGAAGAGAAAUAAUCGAAAAAGAGAAAACAGAAGAUUUUAUACAGUGGCAUUAAGUAGUGAAUGAAGUAAUGAAUUCGUCAUUGCUUUCUCUAAGGGGAUAUUUAUUUACAUUGUACGGAAUUUUUACUCUUGAACGCAUGUAAAGUAUAUGUAACGCCAUCUUCGCAACAUGUAUUGUUACUGCACUCGGUACAUAUCGACCGAAUCAUAGUCUUUAUCAUAUUAUUAUCAUGAAUUAUUGUAAUGUUGUUAGAAUAAAUAGUUGUUGUUGCGAUUCUAAUAAAAACUCCCCUAAUCCCAAA